CGAGUCCGCAGCCGCGCGCUCGCUAUCUCCAUCCACGAAUGAUAUGAAGUCCGGCUAAGUCAAGCUGAAUCAACACUAAAACCACAGCGCACUCCAGUUCUCCAAAUAUACAGCUGUCUGCAAUCAGCAGCAUCAAUUGCCUGAAUGCAUCGUGAAGGCUGAGCAAGGACGACCGCAGGCUGAAGGAGCAGAGGAGCAGCCGGAAAACAAUGAAAACUUAUUUCCUCGGAGAUAAUCGCUAAGCGGCAAUAUGCUCCUCCUCCCCCGCAAACCAUCCCCAGACUCUGCGCGGUCUCUCCGCUGCUACUCCUCCUCCGCCAUUGCAAUUCCUCUAAUCCACUCGUUUCAGUCGUCUCGGAAAUGGCAAAAAAAGGGCUUCGCGCCUCGAUCGCCUGCAACCACUGCAACGCCGCCAAAUCACGCUGCGACUUCUCAUUACACGGAUCGCCCUGCUCCCGAUGCCGUCAGCGCAACUACUCCGACUGCAAACCGAUCCAGAGUCGGCGAGGAACCUACGAUCGUAAAGAAUGGUUCCAGAAGCGGAAAAUGUCCGCUCCGUCUAUCUCCAGCUCGGCCGCAAGGCCGCCAGCAAGUGUUGUAGUUGCUGAGGGUGACGCUGAUCCUCCUGCUAUUGUCUCCGCUGUCUCUGCCGCUGCAACAAUGGCAGUCGAGGCCGCAGACGUCGACUCGGAAUCUUUCAGCUCGAGCAACACCACUUCAUCUUCCCCCCCUACUGGCGGCGAUCGAGACUCGGCCUCUCCUCUCGACUGCUCUCCGCAGUUCACCGCAGUCAACCAUUGCAACCACUGUCCGGGACAGAUCAACCGCCCCCACAUUCGCUCAUUUGCUACAAAAAGUAUAGAUGAGUCUGAUAGCGGACAAACCAAGGAAUGGGCUCGUGUAUUCAAGUCUCUUUUCACCAACAUCGACAAGCCCUCUAAGCAGCCCCUGCUAUACUUUGGUGAAUCCUUCCCUGUUUCAUGGCUGCUCUACAAAGUCCAGAAAGACCGCCACGGCCAGAUCAGACUCAAGCAGCCUCGUCUCCAGUCGGGUUCAUCCGGCGACGAAGACGACGGCGAGUCCGACGAAGAGCCUUCUAAUAUCAUCUUUGACGGCUGUGAACAUCCAGCUCACAUGACGGCGGCAAAGAUCGCCUAUCUCUCAUCCGAGAAAUGCUUCUCAAAACCGUCUCCCUUGAUCUAUACACAGCUCUUUUCGACAUAUUUCCAAAACAUACACCAUUUCUACCCGAUCGUCAACCGUGCAGAUCUUGCGCGAAUGUUUGACCAAGAUAGCGUGCCCUGGAUACUCUUCUACUCAAUCUGCUUCGCUGCUGCGUCGCACUGUCCUAUCUCUGCUCUCUGUCGCGAAGGUGGGUACUCGACUCGCCGGGAAGCACGAAUGGACUUUUACCGUCGCGCAAAGUCGCUUUUCGAUCUUUCGUACGAAAAGAACAAAAUCACGCUCAUCCAGUCCGCGCUCCUUCUCUCAUUCUGGGGUGGCCAGCCCGACGACUGCUGGAACUCCGUCUCGUGGAUCAACAUGGCGGUCAACAUCGCAGAGUCACUGGGCAUGCACCGGCAAAUGUCCUCUGCCGACCUACCAGACGAAGACCGCGCGCUUUGGCGACGAAUUUGGUGGAGCCUGGUUGCUCGGGACUCAUUCUGUGCAGCUCUGCUCGGCAAGCCACUGCGAAUCAACGUUUCGCAAUGCGACACCGAGUCGCUUGCGCUCAAGGACUUUGAAAGCGAUAGCAAUCCCGUACUGGCGAGUAACCCGGCGAUGUGGGGAGAACGGCGAGUCGAGUACGGACUAUACGUUAUCGAGAACGCAAAGCUCGGUGUGAUCUUGCGAAGGAUCGUGCAGGCGCGAGAUGGACACCUGAUCGAUACCGAUUUUGUGCUUGCGACGCAUCGCGCGCUGCAGGAGUGGGAGCGCCAGAUGCCGGAUAUACUGCGGGUUGGGUAUAUGUUUCCGGAGUCGCCGCUUUAUGUGUACGGGGCCGCGCUGAGCUUGGUGUAUAACCAUCAUCUGGUCUAUCUACACCAGACCGCCCCUGUGGACUGCGAGAUCUCACUGUCGAUCGCGCAGGAGGCAAUUUUGGAUAUUGCAGAGUUUGGAAGCACUCUCGUGACUGUCUCGGUCAUCCCGUUCAUGCCACAGGACACGCUGGCGAGCUUCUUCAUGGCAAUUGUGAUGCUAUUCACCCAGAUGCAGUCCAAGAACUGUACGCGAGACAAGUUGAGUCUGUUUCGCAUGCAGCUCAAGAUCUGCGAGAUGAUUGUUCAUCAGGCGCAAGAUCACUGGGAUCAUGCCGAUUGGAUCCUUGCGAUAUCCGAGGGACUAAGAGAAAAGCUCAAUCUGCAGUCUCCACAGUAUGAUACUGCCUAUCAGUCGAUGUGGACUAGCAAUCACGACAACGCUGUCAGCAGUGACGCGCGCCGCGAGGAAGAUGAUGUAUACGACUUUGCAGCACUUGACGAGUUUGUGCAAAAUAUCGAGCCAGACCUGUGGAAUCCUGAGACUCCGGGCACCGCAAAGAAGCUCGCGGGAGCAAAGGAAGUCACUACGACUCAAGAUAGCAGAGAGAAAAAUCACGACACAGAAACAAGAUUCAUUACAGAACUAGAAAAAAACAGAAGUUUAGAUUGUGGGCAGGUAGAGGAUAGUGGGAUGGGUUGUACUGAUGUUGACAGUUUUGGGAGUUUGAUGUUGAUGACGCCUGCUAUUGUGAGCUCGUGAGAAGAAAUGUGUUUGUGUUGAUAUGAAUAGCUGUGUGCUCUCAAUA